GGGAAGAGAGGGGAAGAGAGAGAGAGAGAGAGCAGGAAGAGGAAGAGAGAGAAGAAAAGAAGCAGACGCUGAAUUGACGAGGAAGACAACGCAGAAGACGACAAUGGCUAAGCGAGCAGCCCGUGCAGCUAGGAGAUCGAGCACGCCGACGUCGAGCACGACGCCCACCAGUGCAACGACUCGACGAUCAUCUACUACGCCAGUAGCACCGAGGAAGACGCGCCAGCCUAGAGCUCGCAUCCGCUUGAAUACGGGUGACGGGAACGGCGGCAACGAUGAAGUGGCGGUGAGCAGCAGUGUUACCAUCGCGCCGGCUGGUGAUGACGGAAGUGGAGACAGCAGCGACGACGACGCAGAGGACGAUGCCAGCCGAGCAGGUGGACAACGAAGCGAUGGAAACGGUGGCGCCGAAAAUGGCAACAAUAGCAAUAGAGGUGGCGGCGGACGUGACGCCACCAGCCCCAGCGCCAGCACAUCGACGCAGCAACCAAUUGUGGUUCAGGCCCCCCCAUCCUCCGACCAGCCACGCAGACACAAGAUGAAGAGGCUGCACAUUGAAGACUUCAGCGGCAAGUCGAGCGAGUCCGUGGAAGCGUGGCUAGCGACGAUACCUCAGGAGGUAGAACGGCAAGCAGGCCUUGGCGGUGACUCGUGGACGGCCGAGGAGCUGUAUUACGGGGCCACUGCUCAUCUGAAGGAUGCAGCCAGUAAAUGGUCAAUCACGCUGACCGAACACAUGCAACCGGAAAAUAGAAACCUCAUUUACCUGGUGAGGAAGAUGCGGAAGAAGUAUGGAAGCCGGGACAAUAUGUUUCGCAUCCAGCAGCGGCUCGCAGCGAGAGUGCAGCAGCCCGGCGAGCGCCUGAGCGACUACGCGGCCAGCCUGACUAACAUUGGGUUCGGCAAGCGCAUUCCAGCAGAGUCCUACGUGGAGACGUUCAUCAACGGCAUUAAUAAUGAGACGACAGCAACACAAGUACGGGCCUACGAACCUCAAACGCUGGAUGAAGCCGUACAGUUCGCGGAGGACAAGUGCGGAGAGUAUGGCGAGGGGUUCAAGGUCACCGACUGGCGCGUAGCGAAGCGCAGGUAUCGAGAGAACCGAGAGUACGGCGAGGAGGGAGACGCUUCUCCUUCAAAGAAGAAAUCGACGAAUGAGGCGGCAGAGCAACUCGACUGGAGACAGCUGGGUUUGGGAUUCGGUGGCGAAGAGCCCCCGAGUUUUGACACGAAUGGGAAGGCAGUGAGUGGAUUGGCUAAAACGGCUAAGAAGGACCCACUCUCAUUGGCCGCCCUCCAAGCACUGAUGCUUGUCUCCGCCGGGCUAGGGAAAGACAGUGCCAAGGCGACGUCCGGCAACUUAAAGGCGGCACAAGCCCGGAAGAUCAUCGAGGCCGAGAAUAACUCCGCAACGGGCAAUCAGCAGCCGGGGAACGACGCAGCGGCAGGCACGCGCUGGCAAGGCCAGAACCGCAACGGUAACACCGGCGGCGGCAGCAGUUUCAACGGUGGAGGAAGAGGCGGAGGCGGUCGAGGCUUCGGAGGCUUCGGAGGCGGAAGAGGUCGUGGCGGUCGCACAGACCUGGAGAACUACGGGCCCCAAGAUACCCGCCUUAUUUUGCAGAGGAAGGCAGAGUCUGCGUGUAACUACGGCGGAGAGGUAGGCCAUUGGUGGCGCGAGUGUCAUAAGCGGUUGGCCGAUGAAGAGACUGCGAAGCGGCACCAGACCGUGCCAGCAGUGACCAGUGAUCCGGGAGCCAGCGGCGCAGCAGUGGCAGCGACGACAGCGGCGCCGGAAAACUAG